AUGAGGCCAAAGGAGGAGGAGCCCGCUGCCACCGUCGCCGCUCCCGAGCCAAAGAGGACUCGCCUUGAUAAAUUCAAGGAGGAGUGGCGCAAGGAGCUUUUACAAGAGCUCCGCGAAGGCCACUGGGUUGUCCCAGACGACGAGGAAGAAGCCCCUGGCCAGGCCCUCCGAAAGCAGGAGUUGCUGGAAGAGCUGGAACAGCGGAAGGCAAUCAAGGACCAGUGCCUUCAUGAUAAAAGAGAGCUGAAGGAGGAGAGGCAGCUGGGGCAGGAGAUCUCAGACUUAGAGGAGGGAUCCGCAGCUUUCCAUAAGGCGAAGGCCGACAUCGCAGAAACCGUUCGCAAGCUGAAUAAGCUCCAUAGGGGGUGA